AUGCGAACUCAAUUCUUUAAUAAAUUCUUAAGGGAUAUCACAAAACUCCUCGACGACAGUGAUGAUUAUAACGUCAAACUGGAAAUUGGGGAGGGGCCUGACGCAAGAUUCUUCUGGGCACAUUCGAUAAUAUUGCGCACCAGGUGUCCAUUUUUCAACAGGGCCCUAAGUGAUACUUGGGCAAAAAAGACCGAGACGGGACUAUUCACCUUGAAGAAACCAAACAUUACGCCCUCAACGUUUAAGCUGUUACUUAGUUACUUUUAUACAGGUGAUUUACAACUCAACAACUCCGUAGAAGCCAUAGAUCUCCUUAUUGCAGCCGACGAACUUGAUUUAGGCGAACUGUUCGAAUACAUUCAGGAUUUCCUUAUCGAGAACGAAGCAGACUGGAUCGAAAAUCACCUUGUCAAAGUAUACCAAAUCGCAUCAAAGAUCUACGCCUGUAAAGAACUCGAAGAAUCCUGUCACAAGCUUCUCGAGAAUUCUCCCGAUCUCAUGCUAAUAUCAAACGACUUUCGAUCUAUUGAAAAAGAGAAACUAAUCGAGUUGUUGCAAACAAACGCCUUUGCAAUGAAAGAGGUUGAGCUAUUCGAGAAAGUGAUGCAGUGGGGAAUUGCCCAGAAUCCCGAGCUGGAUGAUGACUUGUCGGUAUGGGACGAUGGUGACUGGAACGCGUUGAGAGAAUCUGUGAAAUUAUGCUUGCUCCAUAUCAGAUGGGCACGUAUAUCAAGAACAGAAUAUUCCGAAAAAGUUAAACAGUUUAAAAAGGCUUUUCCUGCUAAUAUACGUAUGGCAUUGCAUACUCAUUUUGUUAUAACAAAAGGAGUUAGCCCGCUAGCUAUGAAUAUGGUGUCGUCAUCAUUCCUGGGAGGUGGUGACAGGAAACGCUCUAAAUACCAACAAUAUCAAGAACGUACUCUCGAGUCGUCUAUAAUAAAAGCAGAGCAUGCGGUGUUGAUAUCUUGCUGGGUUGACCAGUUUCCAGGGGAUGAUCCGUUCCUUCAACAUAAUGUACGUAGAUUCGAUCUUCUGUAUCGUGCGUCGGAUGAUGGAUUCGAACGAUCUACUUUCAACGAAAAAUGUCUGAAGGCAUCAACAUUAAUUUUGUGGAAGAUUCAGGAGAAUGGACAUAUCAUCGGGGGAAUGAAGAUAGAACUCACCCCCGCUCUACUUCGAGAUCUAGAAGAGUUAUUUGCGAAUGCCGACAAUUAUGAUGUAUCGAUACAAGUAGGGGAGGGUUCCGAGUCGAAAACAUUUCACGCACACUCUGUCAUACUUCGGGCUCGAUCGCCCUACUUUAACGAAGCAUUGUCGAAACAGAAUGCUUGUCUAUUUGGUGGGUUAACAAAUAAGCAAGUAGUUAACGUAAAGCUACAUGAGCGUAUUCGCGCUUCAACAUUCGGGACGCUACUAAAAUACAUAUACACAGGCAGGAUUACACUGUCUGAAUACACAGCUGACACGAUAUUCGAUAUUCUUCCCGCUGCUGAUGACCUUUUCCUCGACGACCUCGUUGAUCAGAUCCAAGAUUAUCUCGUCACCCAACAAUCCACCUGGCUAAAAUCGCGCUUUGUCCUCAUCAAUCGCACCGCUUUCGAGUAUAACCGUUUCCGCCACCUGCGAUCAUACUGUCUAAAACUGAUACGUGAAGAACCGGGUGCCAUAUUCAUGUCGUCCGACUUUCAUAGUCUAGACCAAGGCACGUUGGUUAGUUUGUUGAAGAGGGAUGAUUUGGCACUGGAGGAAGUUGAGAUUUGGAUUCGGCUGAUCAAAUGGGGAAUGGCACAGAAUCCAAGUCUUGCAAAAGACGUGUCAUGUUGGGGUCCAGAGGACUUUGUCACGUUGCAGGGCAUAGUCAAGGAUUGUGUUGAGCAUGUGAGGUUUCUGAAUAUGUCGUUAGAGGAGUUUGCCACUCACGUAUUACCUUACGAAAGUCUUAUUCCUAGACAAUUGUUCCGCGACGUAUUCGCAUGUAUAUUGCAAAAGUCACAAUCGCUUGCGUUGGCAAAGUCAACUCAGAAGAAAUUGGUAUCUAUUAGAAAUACGCCUCGGUUUGCCAAUAGAUGGAACUCGGUGAUUAUUAAUUCUGAGCAGGCAGCUUGGAUAUCUGCUUGUAUAGACAAACUGGAUAAAGGCGACUUGAAGUUUCAUCUCCGUAAGGCUGGAAUCGUCAAGAAUUCAUUCAAAUAUAGACUUUUGCUUCGUGGCAGCCGCGAUGGAUUCGACCAUCAAUCGUUUCACUCGUUAUGCGACGACCAGGGUGCGACUGUAAUUAUCAUCAAAGUAGCGGAGACUGGUGAAAUUCUUGGCGGAUAUAAUCCAUUGCCAUGGAAUCAGUCUGUUAAUUGGGGCGAAACAGAGGACAGUUUUAUCUUUUCCUUCAAAAACGAGCAUUCGAAAAAGGGAUUGUUGUCUCGUGUUAGGAAUGCCGACAGAGCCGUGUUUAAUGGAAGCACCAUAUUCGGUCCCUGUUUCGGUCAUGAAGAUCUGGUUCUCAAGGGAGAUUUCAGAGAUUUUCAAUGUUGUAAGAGAUCUGAUUAUUGUUUGGAAAUUAAGAAUUCUAGAGACUACUUUACGGUUGAAGAGUAUGAAGUAUUUGGGAUCGAGAAGAGGUCGAGGUGGUUUUUCUGA